AGAGAGAGAGAGAGAGAGAGAGACUGAGAGAGAAAUCAUGCUCAUUGCCAGUUGAUCUGAUCUCAGUGCUGCCCACAGGACAUCAGUACCAUGUGUGGUCUACAUUUGUCUGCAGGUGUUGAAUGGAGCUCCCAAGGAGUCAGCUUGCUACCUAGAGAUGAUCCACGCUGACUGGAUGGAGUUCAUUACCACUAUUCUCAUCCUCAGCCUUCAGGUGCUGUCUUCCCAGGGAUGUCUGGAAGGAUGCCGUUGUUACAGUACAACAGUAGAGUGCGGCUCUCUUGGACUCACAGCUGUGCCACCAAAUAUUCCCGCUUUUACCCAGACACUAUUUUUACAAGACAAUGAUAUCACUCACAUCAGCCAGAGGGACUUUUCCCAUCUUUCCCAACUCCAGAACCUCUACAUUCAGAAUAACAGCCUCAGCACUAUUGACCCCGGUGCUCUGUCCAGGCAACACUUGCUCGUGGAAUUAGCACUGAAUGGAAAUCGCAUCCAACACCUCAACGACAGCAUCUUUGAGGGUCUGGACCACCUCAGGGUCUUAUACUUGGCAGGAAACUACAUCAGCUGGUUAGCAAGCCUGACCUUUCGAGGACUCCAGAGAUUACAGGAACUCCAUCUUCAGGAAAACAAUAUCCAGUCUAUGGCUGACCAAGCUUUUGAGGGGCUCUCAUCACUAGCCUUGCUGGACCUGAGCAGCAACAGGCUCCAUACACUGCAUCAGGCAUCAAUCCAACCCCUAAAAAGCUUACAGGAACUCCGAUUGGCUGGGAACCAGUGGAGGUGUGACUGUGUGCUGCAUUGGCUGUGGGCCUGGACGACUGGGGAGGGUCAGCGCCGGCUGCUACUGGGUAAGAAGAUGGUGUGUGCUGAGCCCCCUCGUUUGGCCGGACACAGCCUGCUGCAAGUCCCAGGAAACAGCCUGGUUUGUAUCCCGCCGGCCGUGAGGCUGGACCACAAGCAGGGAUUGGUGAGCCGCGUGGGGGACGAGCUGAGGGUGAGCUGCCAGGCCACUGGUUACCCUCCUCCGGCAGUGAGUUGGAGGAAAGUGAGCGAGGCUGGGCCGGGGCCUUCAGGCCUACUCCCUGGAGGGGCGACACUGACCCUCCGCAACUUGACAGCCUGGCAUGCCGGGAUCUACGAGUGUGAGGCCCACAACCCGGGCGGGAGGGCCUCUGCCACCUUUGAGCUGCGGGUCAACCUGUCGUCAGGCCCAGGCCUGGGCCUCAGGAGUUGGGAAACGCCCUCACCGGGCCUGCCUCCGUACCAGAGGGCAGGUGCUGGCAGUAUGGAGUUCACCACCUUGGGCCCCGGCACCCAGGCCAGCAUUGCGGUCGGUAUCUCCCUGCUGACUCUGGUCGCUUUCCUGCUCUUGGGGGCGAUGAUCUGUCGGAGGAGAGCGGGCGAGAAGGGCCAGGGAGGGGAGGAAGGCGGCCUGUACCUUAAUGACUACUCGGACGGGCCGACCACCUUUGCCCAGCUGGAAGAGUACCGCGACGAAGCAGGCCGGGAGAUGCUGGUGCUCGACCGCAACAGGACAGACUUCUGCACCUACAAAGACACGGCUGCUGAGCCAGGCCGGCAGCUCCGGGGGUUGGGGCCUCUCCACCAGGCUCAGGCCCAGGCCCAGGCCCAGGCCCAGCCCCAAAGAGGCCCUGGGGAGUUAUUUGAGAACCUCAGCGGCGGAGCCUUCAAGCGGGAGAUUGAGUACGAGAUCCAUUGCUGAGAGAGAGAGAGAGAGGGAAAUGAAUGGUGGUGCAGGAAUGGAAUAUUCUGGGUCAAUCCCAUCCCACCUCCUGACUGAAGUGAAGGCGAAAUUCUGCGUGGGUUGGAAAUUGCUGGGAACUCAGUCCAUCCAGCAGCUUGUGUGGAGUUAACGUUUUCUUGUGACUCAGGAUUGUACACGGGUUCGAGGCAGACAAUACUCCCUGGCAUCAUACUGAGAGGGCAAGAUGUGACACUCGACCGUGCGGAGCAUAAAGGACACUCCAGGGCACCAUUCCAUAAGAUGUAGGAGCAGAAGUAGGCCAUUCAGCCCAUCGAGUCUGCUCUGCCAUUCAGUGAGAUCAUGGUUGAUCUGAUAACACUCAAUUCCACUUUCCUGUUUAUUCCCCAAGUGUUUGAUUUCCCUCACUGAUUAAAAAUCUGUCUCAGCAUUGAAAUAGCAGCAACAGCCCUCUGUGCAAACUCCACACAGACAGUCACCCGAGGCUGGAAUCAAAUGUGGGUCCCUGGCGCUGUGAGGCUGCAGUGCUAACCGCUGAGCCACCGUGCGGCCCCAUGAAUGGCUGCACUCCUGUGUGCAUAAAGGUAUCCCGAAACGUCAGCUUUUGUGCUCCCGAGAUGCUGCUUGGCCUGCUGUGCUCAUCCAGCUCCACACUUUGUUAUCUCGGAUUCUCCAGCAUCUGCAGUUCCCAUUGUCUCUGGUUUAUAGUCGACUUACUUUAUACACUGGGGAAGGGUUUCUGUGGAGAAUCUGGCAAAUAUUCUCCAUCUCCUGGGACAAAAGCCUGGGACAGACUGGAGUAAGAGAGAUACAAGAAAAUGAUAUUGUAUCAGUGAUAAUGGGAACUGCAGAUGCUGGAGUUUUGUGCUCCUGAGAUGCUGCUGGGCCUGCUGUGUUCAUCCAGCCUCACAUUUUAUUCUCUUAUAUACAAGAAAAUGAAGGUGUUUAUUUCAAGUUGAGUCUAUGAGGUUGGUGAAGUCAGAAGUAGAUCAAACGAAGUAAAGUAGGGUGCAGACCUAAUUCUUUGAGGAGGUAACAAAUUAGAUAAAGGCGAGCCAGUGGAUAUGAUCAAUUUGGAUCUUCAAAAGGCCUUUGGCAAGGUGCCACACAGGAGGCUGCUAAAUAAGACAAGAGCCCAUGGUGUUAGAAGCAAGGUACUGGCAUGGAUAGAGGAUCGGCUGACUGGCAGAAGGCAGAGAGUGGGGAUAAAGGGGUCUUUUUCAGGUUGGCAGCCAAAGACUAGAGGAGUUCCACAGUGGGAGGUGUUGGGGCCACAACUUUUCAUGUUAUACAUUAACAAUCUGGAUGAAGGAACUGAGGGUGUUGUUGCUAAGUUUGCAGAUAAGACAAUGAUAGGUGGAGGGACAUGUAGUGUUGAUGUUACGAUGAUGAGGCAAACCUCUCUGAUGAUUAAAAUUGAAACACCCAGAGCAGCUCGCCUUGUCUCAAUAUCUGCUAAAAGAAGUGCAAAAAUGGUAUCAUCUGCCUUUCAGCUCCUGUUCUGUUAUAAAAUGAAAGAAAUUCUUAUACUCACUUUAUAAGCAACAAGUAACAAUUUAUUUAUCAUACUCUAACAAUGAACAAAUUAACAGACCUACCAACAACUGAACAAUUCCCCCUUAACUACUAACUAUUCUCAAGUAGAACAAAAUUCUAACGGCAUGCUAUGCCAAUAAAUAGAAGUCCCACAUAUAUAAACCCAAAUAAUAAGAAAAAUAAAUUAAAACUUUGACUCUCAAAACUACAGUGAGGAUGCAUCUGCCAGAAUGUUCUGUGCCUUUACCGCUAUUCUUUAGUUAGGAAUUAUUUAUUUGUUGAAUCCUUGCAUCAGGAAUAUUGGCUAAGAGUGCUGUUAUACGUUUUAGAUGGUGCUUAAUCAGAGAGCGUAAAGAUUUCUGGAGAGCCAGGGUUUUAUUCUUCCAAUGGCAAUUUGCCCUCACAGAUUUUCAAAAACCUCUCUUCCUGUAUACCCUGAUGACUUUAUAAUAGGAUUGGUCCUAGGUUGUCAACACAUCAAAUUAAAAUUUAAUUGGGUUUUGGUAUCUAGGGCAUGGUUUAAAUUAAUUGGCUGAUAUUAAAGCAGGUUGCCUUAACAUCAAAACAAGCCCAGAUUGCCAAUCACACAGCUAGUUGACACAUGGACACCAUGGUCAACAUGGGCCAGUUUGGGCUGAAGGGCCUGUUUACAUGUAGUAUUACUCUGUGACUCUAUCUGUUUCAAUUUCAGAUCUGUCUAUGCAUCUACAGCUGCUUGCAGACAUUAUUUUAUCUCCAAGCUGAGAAAAACACACCACCUCUUAAAGGACCACACACUCUUCCUCCUAUCAUUUUUACAAACCAAUUCUAACAUUCUACCUUCUAACUCAGAAGUACUCUACCUAAAUUCACAACAGUUGAAGAAGUGGGAGGCUGCAGUAGGACAGAAAUAAACAUGUUUAUGGUUCAAUCACAAACAUGUUAAUGUCAAACCUUCCUAACACCCCGAUACAGGGGCUUAUAAAUUAAUUUAAAUUAAAGCAGACAAAACUCUGAUUGGUUUGACCAAUUUAAAGGCCUCCAAGAUUUAAGAGGGAAAAACAUAUUUGAUCAAAUCCUCACCAGUUGAGUACAGGAGGUAAGAGUGGCACCAAGCAUGGCUGAAAAUGAGGUAUGAGCCUGGUGAAGCCGCAAAACAGGAAGUGCCAAACAUCAUAAGCAGCAAAUGAUAGACAGAGCUCAGUGAUCCCACAAACAAUGGAUCAGAUCUAAGCUCUGCAGUCUGACCACUUCCAGUCAUGAAUGGUGUUGGAUGAUUAAACAACUCACUGGAGGAGGAGACUCCACGCAUAUCCUCAUCCUCAAUGUAGCAGCAAAUUACUGCAGGUGCUGGAAUCUGUACUGAAGACAACAAAAUGCUAGAGAUCACAGUGAUCCAGGCAGCAUCCAUAGAGGGACAGCGAGCUAAUGUUUCGAGUCUAGUACAGCUCUGAAGAGUCAUCUGGACUCAAAACAUUAGCUUAGAUAUUAAAGUGUGAAGCUGGAUGAACACAGCAGGCCAAGCAGCAUCUCAGGAGCACAAAAGCUGACGUUUCGGGCCUAGACCCAUCAUCUGAUCCUGACCUGGUCCAAACAUGGACAAAAGAGCUGAAUUCCAGAGGUGAGGUGAGAGUGGCAGCCCUUGACAUCAAGACGGCAUUUGACUGAGGGUGGCAUCAUGGAGCCUAGCAAAACUGGAAUCAAUGGGUAUUCAGGGGCAAACUGGUUGGAGUCAUACCUGGCACGUAGGAAGAUGGUCAUGGUUGUUGGAGGUGAAUCUUCUCAGCUCCAGGACAUCUCUGCAGGAAUCCCUCAGGGUAGUGUCCUUGGCUCAACCAUCUUCAGCUGCUUCAUCAAUGACCUUCCGUCUAUCAUACGGUCAGAAGUGGGGAUGUUCACCGAUGACUGCACAAUGUUCAGCACCAUUCGUGACUCCUCAGAUACUGAAGCAGUCCAUGUUCAAAUGUAGAAGGAUCUGGACAAUAUCCAGUCUUGGGCUGACGAGUGACAAGUAACAUUCACACCACACAAAUGCCAUGCAACGACCAUUUCAAAAAGAGACAAUCUAACCAUAGAUCAUUGACAUUCAUUGCUUUUACCAUCUUUAGAUCUUCCACUGUCAAUAUCCUGGGGGUUACCAUUGACCAGAAACUCAGCUGGCUACAAGAGCAGGCCUGAAGCUGGGAAUACUGUGGUGAGUAACUCACCUCCUAAUUCCUUAAAUCCUGUCCACUAUCUGCAAGGCACAAGUCAGGAGUGUGAUGGGAUACUCCCCACUUGCCUGGAUGGGGGCCAGGCCCAACAACACUCAAGAAGCUCGACACCAUCCAGGACAAAGCAGCCGCUUGAUUGGCACCACAUCCACAAGGAUCCCACUCCCUCCAGCACUGCUGCUCAGCAACGUGUACUAUCUACAAGAUCCCUCGACAGCACUUUCCAAACCCUUGACCUCUUUCAUCUAGAACGACAUGGGCAGCAGAAAUGUGGGAACACCACCAUCCUGCCUUGGAAAUAUAUCAUCGUUCCUUCACUAUCGUUGGAUCAAAAUCCUGGAAUUUCCUCCCUAAUUACAUUGUGGGUCAACCCAAAGCAGGUGGACUGCAGAGGUUCAAGAUGGCGGCUCACUACCACCUUCUCAGGGGGCAACUAGGGACGGGCAAUAAAUGCUGGGCCCAGCCAGGGAUGCUCACAUUCCAGGAGUGAAUAAUAAAAAAAACAGACAAAACCCCACAUUUCUGCACCAAAUCUUACACAAUUCACAGCUAAGCUUCUGGGAGUUAAUCGUUAAAAUUCCCCUGAGCUCUCAGCCCCAGUACCUCUCGUGUCGUUCAUUCCUGUGAGAAGAGUCAGUAUGCAAGCCAAGCUGACUGUUCCUGACAUGACCCCCACACAACACCUCCUCCAGCCCUUUGACCCUGUCCCUUUAAUAAUGGUCCCCAUUAAAACAUCAUAAACACAUUAUCUGAGGCCAUUCUCAUGGAAGGUCAAUGUUUUGUAACCUCGUAAUCCUUUCAAUCUGUUACUUGCCCUGUUCUAGACAGACACACUCAGUGCCGAUGAUGUUUCUACACUGGAAAUGAGGAACUUCACCAAGGUGAGCAAGCUCAGAUGUAGCAUAAAGCUCCCUCCUUCCUGGAUAGGGGUCAAUGAUCAUCGUCUGGUCCUGCUCAAUGGAAACAAUUCAUCCCUUUCUUAACUGGGUUAUACAAGAGUAGGUUUCGCGUGUCAAUAUGUGCAGUAUUGUUUCUGUUACAAGGUCAGAAUUAUUGAGAGUAACUCUUGA